UUGUGCGCAGGCCAGUUUCCAACCACGACAGAGAGGCAAGCUUCCCUAUUUGCCCUUUACUUUUAUCUAACAGGUAGGAGACUUUAUCACACACAUUCACCGUGUCCCUCCCAGAAGAGAGCUCCCAAGAGGUUAGCUCAGGUGCUCAGCAGGUGACAGUCUCUAGGAGGAAUCAGAGUCACAGUCACCAGAGGUUCAGCCGGCAGGCAUCCCACAAACAGGAGUGAAGACACCCUCUACCAGGUCAGCAAAAUGAGCUGCUUUUCAUUCCUAAAAACGAUGAUGUUCAUCUUCAAUGGUAUAAUAUUUUUGGGCGGCGCGGCUGUGCUGGGCAUCGGUAUCUGGGUGAAGGUGGACGGAGGGUCUUUUCUGAAGAUUCUCGGCUCGGCAGCACCGCAGCUUAUGCAGCUGGUGAAUGUGGGUUAUCUGUGCAUAGCUGUGGGCUGCUUCCUCAUACUCAUGGGCUUUCUAGGCUGCUGUGGGGCAGUAAAAGAGAGCAGAUGCAUGUUAAUGCUGUUUUUCAUCAUCAUCCUCAUUAUAUUCAUUGCGGAAAUAGCAGGAGCUGUUGUAGUUUUGGCGUUCUCUUCUUUGUCUAAUAUCUUUAUAGAGUACAUUGGUAACGUGGCUGUGAAAUUCCUCCGAGAUGAUUACGGGAGCAGUGACAAGAAUAAAAAUGAGCUGACUACAGUAUGGAACGCAACAAUGAAAGAGUUUAAAUGCUGCGGAUUUAACGGGUUUCAAGAUUUCAACAACUCCCUCUAUUAUCAGAAUAACCAGGAGUACCCGCCGGUGUGCUGCUCCGACACUAGGCCCUGCAAUGCGGAUAACAUCAAAACUAAGGGCUGCCUUAAGGCCUUUGAAAGUUUCCUUAGUGAAAAUGGAAAAAUAGUUGGAGGUGUCGCCCUUGGAAUCUGCGGCCUGGAGCUGGCAGCCAUGAUUGUCGCUCUGGUGUUAUUCUGCCAAAUUGGUGAUAAAUAAAUAUAUCAGCUGAUCCCCGCUCCGAAACAUGUAGGAUUUGAUAGUGGUAGUGAGUAUGACUGCAGGAGUUGCUGAGGCUAAAAUAUCUGUGUGGGCGACGCUAAAAUGAACAUAGUAAAUUCUCCUGUAAGAACUUGUCAUGAGGAGCCUGGUCCGGAGAUGGCAGAUUGGUGACCUGGUAUCUGUGUAGAUGGCAACAUCAAUGAUGCAUACCCGUACUACUCACCACCAUGGUACAAUGCCGCGUGUUCUGGGGUUUAUGCACUUUUACUUUUCUUUCCUUAUUGACUUUAUGAAAUCAAAUGAUUGUGUUAGCACUUUCUAACUCGGAGAUGCAAUGUGUAACAACCCGCACAUUCUUCACACCAGCAAUAACUUCCUACUGUAGAAUGCCAGUGACUACGUUGUACAUACAGAAUAUAUACAGUACCAAAAUGUAUAACUCCUACAACACUAGAACUAUUGUAAAUGAUAAAUCUUUGUGUAACUGAGUCACUCUAUUAUUGGAAGGAAAUAUGCCUACCUCCUGCCUGUGUCACCCUGUGGUGGGAGGGACAAACACCAUGUCACAUAGCUCCCUCCUGUCUGUGUCACCCUGUGGUGGGAGGGACAAACACCAUGUCACAUAGCUCCCUCCUGUCUGUGUCACCCUGUAGUAGGAGGGACAGACCCCAUGUCACAUAGCUCCCUCCUGUCUGUGUCACCCUGUGGUGGGAGGGACAGACCCCACGUCACAUAGCUCCCUCCUGUCUGUGUCACCCUGUGGUGGGAGGGACAGACUCCAUGUCACAUAGCUCCCUCCUGUCUGUGUCACCCUGUGGUGGGAGGGACAGACUCCAUGUCACAUAGCUCCCUCCUGUCAGUGUCACCCUGUGGUGGGAGGGACAGACCCCAUGUCACAUAGCUCCCUCCUGUCUGUGUCACCCUGUGGUGGGAGGGACAGACACACACGUAGCUCCCUACUAUCUCAUACCUCCCAACAUAACCCUCUCCAGGAGGACAUAAUGCUCUGCUCCUGGACUUCCCUCUUAAUUUUUAAUUGCCAUCACCUGUGGGGAAACACCUUUCUUAUCCGUUAACAAGUUCAAAUCAAGUGCCGCCAAUUUUAAAUUAAAAGAAAAGUCCAGAAGCAGAGCAUUUUGUCCCUCCUGGAGAGGGUCAUGUUGGGAGGUAUGCUAUCUGUGUCACCCUGUGGUGGGAGGGACAGACCUCUUGUCACAUAGCUCCCUCCUGUCUGUAUCACCCUGUGGUGGGAGGGACAGACGCCAUGUCACAUAGCUCCCUUCUGUCUGUGUCACCCUGUGGUGGGAGGGACAGACCCCACGUCACAUAGCUUCCUCCUGUCUGUGUCACCCUGUGGUGGGAGGGACAGACUCCACGUCACAUAGCUCCCCCUGUCUGUGUCACCCUGUGGUGGGAGGGACAGACCCCAUGUUACAUAGCCCCCUCCUGUCUGUGUCACCCUGUGGUGGGAGGGACAGGUAUUCAUUCAUAUCUGCCAACAGUCCCGGUUGCAUAAUUGUUACAGUUUAGGUCCCACCAAGAUCUGCACAACCCUCCACUGAGAUAUCACCUGGGUACAGCUACCAGCAGCAUCACCCGGUCUUAGUGCUAAGUCCCCGCAGAGCAUUCUCCAAGUUACCUGUGUUGUGACAGUGACGCACGCUGUAAACACAUCCAGCACAUAUCGUCCUUGCCAGAUGCAAACUACUGAUUGGCUUCAGUAUUCCCUGGGUAAAUUGCAAGAUAUAAGAGCUGUUUUGCAGCUAAUUGAUGCCUUAGGGAUGCUGGCCACGCCAUAACGCCAAUACGUGGGUACUUCUAACAAUAGUUUGACAUGUUACAACCCUUUAAGCAAUAAUGGGCCGCAGUAUAGAAUAAUCUGUUAAAUAUAUUUUUUAAAUGACCAAUUGAAUAUCUUCUAGGACUUAUGAGACCGAUAAAAUACACCCACAAAAAAUGAAAACGGUUUUAAAAUGCUUAUUGGAAGUGUGUGUCCAAUAUAGAACAAGAGCAACAUGCAAGUUCCUUGCCGACCGCAAACAGAGGAGAGUUACACCCAGCUGGGUACCAGCAAAACACAUGUGGUUAUAUAUCGUGCCAGUGGCGGUAGCGAUGGUGCAUCGAUGGUGGACUGCCUAGAGCCACUGGCGGUGCUACUACGUACAGAGUAGACGCACAGUGUAACCCUCGGGUUACUGAGGAUGGGCGAGAUAUCCGUGCAGCUGCAGACAGUGAAGUUGCAUCCAAGGACGCAGCCACUGGCUCCAGCACGCUUAGAGAAUGGUGGCGACAUUAGUGCGUACAAAUUGAUCCAUCCGUUGACGGACCACACUUUCCGUGACAUGGUCAUUUGUGGGUGGUACCUGGGCAGUGACCAUGUAAACGCACGGAACUUAUCCAUCUCGUGGGAGUACGAGGCCUGUUUCUGGUGGAACAACAUGGGGUGGGUGCAAGUCCGGUUACUAAUGUUGAUGCCUGCGUUGCGGACAUACGCAUAAUGGGUGGGAUCAGCUUCUACAUGCAGGCGCACAGAGUUCCAGCAUGCACUGUCGGACUCGCGCAUAAAGAAGCAAGUAGCCCGCUGUGGCCCUACAGAAAAGUGGCCCCAGAUGAGUCCGACUCAGGUCUGUAAUGUGUGUUAUACUGCGUGCAUACGGUCUAUAUAUAUUGUGGUUUGUGCAGAUCAGGGGAAUGUUCUACUCUGUGUUAUUUUCCAGUCAGGAAUGUUGUUAGAGAUGCAUAUUGGCCAUUUGGGUAUAACCUGCUGCAUCCUCACGUUACCCCGGGCGAUGGAGGAAUAAAUGGAGAGGAUGUGGGGUGAUAAUGACACAUCAGACCACUCUGCAUAAAUAAUGGACACCCAACAUAGACCUUAUAGGUGCUGUUUGCUUACAUCUAGUAGGGAGUAAGCUAAGUCCCCAUUUCUUGGUACCAUUUAUCUCGACACUGUCUACUACAGUAGUAUUGUAAAUCUGUAAAUUUUGGGGUUUUAUUACCUUUGUAUCUAUGAUGAGAUAUUUGCAAAAAAAAAAAAUUGUACAUUCUACUUCCUGUGAAUAAAGAGAGAUUUCUGAA